AUGACAGCUUCGGUAGCAACUCGGGCUGGGGAUGUGUCCUAUACCAUUCUUGGAGAGGGCCGCCCCUUGCUAAUGUUGCACGCUUCGCUACACGAUAGCCAUGAUUUUGACCCGAUCGUGUUUCAACUAGCCGAUCGGUUUCAAACAAUAACACUUGACUGGCCUUGGCAUGGGGCCUCGCGAGAAACCACGACCAAAUCACGAGAUCCGAGCGCGGUCUUGAUGGCAGAGGUCCUCGAGGACUUCGUAACAGCUCUUGAUCUACCACCUGCCAUCAUCAUCGGCAACUCGGUGGGUGGUUUUGCGGCCGCAAGACUUGCCAUCACACACCCAGAUCGUGUUCAGUCCCUCAUCCUAGUGAAUACGGGCGGUUUCCCCCUCUGGAAUGUUUUUAUUCGCACAUUCUGUUAUCUCCUUGGCUUUCCUACAGUAUCACGCGUCGCACUGCCCCAUAUGAUUCCGGCGUAUAUGAAACCACAGACACCAAGCGAUACAGCAAUCUUGCAAAAGGCGGCAUCACGAGCGAGGACAUGGGAGGGAGCUUCGGUCGCGGCCGCUAUGUGGCGAAGCUUUCUUGACAAACGCCAUGAUCUUCGAAGUGAGGCAAAGGCUAUACGUGUGCCUACUUUAAUCAUAUGGGGAACUAAAGAUAUCGUCCCAGUUGAGAAUGCACAUCUUGUUCAAAAGUCUAUUCCAGGAUCGCAACUCGAGCUUUUUGAUGCCGGACAUGUCGUCUUCUCUUCCAAACCGAACGAAUUUCUUGAGGUCGUGAACAAAUUUCUAGAAUAG